AUGCGUUUUGUCUAUACGGCAUGUCUGUACCUUCUGGCGGCCUGUAAGGCAAGAAGUGCUGGAACCUGGUACCUGGACUACCCUAUGAAUGCCAACUUCACUAUACUGGACCACUUUAACAACGACGUCGUCUCUCCUGGUGGUGAUGGAAUUAUUGAAGUGAAGCCUAACACAACCCACCGGUGGCUAUUCGAGUACCUUUACGAGGACGCCUACAUUAUCCGCGACAGCACAAGCCAUCGAUUUAUCUAUUUCCCUGAAAUCAAAGAAGGGGCAGUUGCUACUGUUAGCGAAAAGGCUGCAACGGUGUUGCACCCAUAUAUCCCCGAAAACGCCCUUGGCAGGAUACUUGUACUCACGGAAGGGUCUGCGUUCUUCUUUACUGUAGGACCAUAUAGCCCUGAAGAACCGAACCGUCGGGUUAUAAAGCUAGUGAAGAACUAUUCGGAUGAUGAUCGGCAAUUCAGCUUCAUCAAGAAACCAAAAAAUGGCAACUAG